UUAUAUGAUAUAAUAACUCAAUAUGGGUGAAAGAUACUUUGCAUGGGAUGAAAUUAUGGAAGAAUUAAUUCUACUUAGCGUGACAAAGGCAGAAGAAGAUCAAGCUAAGCGACGAAGAAAGAAAAUUGUUGCUGUCCCUACAUCGGAAAUUUAUGCUCCACACGCGUAUUUGAUUUUGUAUUAUCGGGAAAUAUUGAAUGAUAGCGAAAAGAUCAGAUUUCGGAAGAAUUAUCUAAGAAAAGUCACACCGGAUGAGCCAGACAUCAUUAUCCUGCAAGACAUCAAGGACCUCGUGCUCUUCCUCCUCGUGACGUCCGUCAGCCCGCAGUUCAUAAAUUUCUUUCACUUGCCGAUCGUAGACCGAUUUUUGAGAGCACUUAUCAUCUACUUCCAACGUUUCGUACAGAUAUGGGAGGACUUGGUACAUGGACGAGCGGCCACCAUGAAGAAGGCGCCUAAUCCACUGGCACGUGGACAUAGAUCUCGAUAUGCCAAUGAUUUGCAUACUCUACGUUGUGUCCUGGGCAGGGAGUACGCGGACUUGCUGCUGGGCUGCCGGUAUGGGCCUCGCUAUCACCACAUGAUAACCGACUCGAAACGCACGGCCACGCAAUCUCAGGGCGAGAAAGAUCUGCGAAUCUUUGAGGCAUUGAUAAGUGUGGCUCAUAGGGUCAUAUGGAUAGCAUUACAGCGGAAACAUUUCACUCUGAUCGAGCUAGAACUGCACAGGUUGCUCCGGACCGAGACGUACAAUACCGCGCAAAGACAAAGCGGCAGUCAGCUUAUUCAGGAUAUGCUGGAGGAUGACAUUCGUAUACUAUAUGGUUCCGAAACAACAAUGAAAACUCGAAAAUUGCUCAGAAAUUCCCCCUUACCUCAUGAACUGAUAUACGGAGAUUGCGACUAUCGUCUUCUAUCGUUAGGCGUAGCAGAUAUCGACAUACACCAUCCAAAAAUCGUUUAUCUAAGAAAUGCUCUUCUUGUCGAUGAGGAAAAGCUAUCUCAAUUAGGGAUCAAAGUGGGCAUAUUGGGUCACAAUCGUUCGGAUUAUGAUAUAAUGUUAAUGCCGCACAAACCAGAGGAGCCAAUAGAAAUUGCUUUGCUCGACAAAAAAUUGUUGGAGAUGCGAAAGAGUAUCUUUGAAAAAGAGGAGGUCGAAAGACUGCCCGAAAGACUGCCUGAAAUAAUGGAGGUGUUCCCAGUGAAAGAAAUUCAGGAGGUAAGCAAGAAAUAUAAAAAGAUUCUCGAAAAAGCCCGGAUAAAAUGGAUCCUUCGAGAGAUAAAACGACGUGAACGCAAAACAGUUGUCUCUGUAAUGGCAACUUUAGACUGAAUGUUCAGAAUAGAAUAAAAUUCUUACAUCUAUAC